AUGCCUCCGACUCGACGUUUGAGUGAGUAUCCUCCACCCGCAUCCCAGGCGCCUUCGGUGUUUUGCAACUGGCCGGCCAAUCCGCAGGCUCCCAACGGACCGGCUGUUUCAACCCCCACGGCCUGGAAUGACAGCUCUCCCGAUCAAGAUCAGCCCCGCCUUUCGCUGGCUCACCACCACGGUCCCACUUUGCCCCAUCAAGUUUUGCCGGUCGAGAAGGGGCAGCAGUUACCCACCUUAGGGCUAGUUUCAUCCGGUCGACCACCGUUACCACGUUCGCGCAUGUUCCAGUGCGAUAUCACUUUUCUGAUCUACUGUGCUAAAAAGAAUAAGCAGAAGAAGACCGUUUGGACAUCCCUCAAGUCGGACGUCGACAUGUCGAUCUCAUUUGACUGCCAGACAAUAAACUUGAACCAAUUCCAACAUCUUGUGUCAACCAAAUGCACCGGCCCUUACCCAAAGUUACCGGAAUUGCUUGAGCAUUGUACACACUCGUCUCCACCUUCCAUCCGCUGGGUUGGGUACAUGGGCCGAAACCCCAAUUGGCUCAAGACAGGAUCCCAAUCGGUUGUGGAUCCCCCUACCUUUUUGGCCUGGAUACAAGAAAUCAUUAAGUCGGGGGUGAAGAAGGGAGGCGUGUACCUCAAGAUGGCCAACCCCAGUGACGGAAAUAAACUUGCCGCAAGCAACGAUUCGAUUGCGGCGACUGUGCGACGUCAUGAGGCCCAAGUGGCCACGGCCAGGGCGGCGUUUGGAACUCAACCGCUUCCGUCAGGGUCUGCAGCUCCGUCCGAGUCCCAGGCCAUUGGGCAGGGCCUCUUUGAUUUGAAUGAGGACGCGGAGGACUCUUGUGACGAGUCGUUUGAUGCGCGGAAGAUCAUUGAAGAGGAGAUUUUCAAGAAGUACGUCGGGAACGUUGGUGUGGACGUUAACCAUACGGUAUACCCUCACCCAACGGAUAUCAAUCGUUAUAUCAUCCUGACCUCUGGGAAUGUGGCCUCUUGGGCCAGAGCUAUUGUGUCAGCCUGCUAUGAAUCAGAGCCAGCCUGA